AUGACCUGCGGCACCCUUUAGGCUCACACGUCAACGCGUGAGCUCCAUUUUUGCGUCUACAUGCUCCAUUAGCGGAUUUCGUCCGUUCAAGCAUGAGGAAGCGCUUGAUCCAGAUAUUUGGCUUCUUGAUCUCUUCCUUGGGAUGGCUGUUCAUCCUGUGCACCAUGGCAAUGGACUACUGGAGAAUCAGCCAGAUAGGAGGACAAGGUGGUUCGUUCAUAAUCAAGGUGGCCUGGUACUGGUCCAACCUGUGGAAGGACUGCUUCACCGACUCCACCGCCGUCACCAACUGUAGGGACUAUGGGGUUCUCUGGAAUGUAAUCUAUUACGUCCAGGCGGUGAGGGGGUUGCUAAUCUGCGGCUUGACGAUCGGAUUCUUUGCGGUCGUGUGCUGCUUCGUUGGGAUGGAGUGCACUUAUAUCGGCGGAGCAGAACCAACCAAAGACAAGCUGGUCUUCUCCGGGGCCGUUUUUCAUUUUGUUGGCGGUGUGUCAAAUCUUGCCGCCUACUGCUUAUACAUCAACAGAGUCGUCAGAAAUGCUUUUGCUUCCAACUUAGCAGCAGGAGAAUUACGAUAUGAUUUAGGACCUCCCAUAAUUCUGGGUUUGGUGGGAUGUUUCUUAAUCUUCUUUGGAGCUGUGCUGUACGCUGCGACGGUCACCAGUGUAAUCCGCCCUCAGAGACAAGUGACGGUAGUAUACGGCGCACCAACGUACAUGCCGCCGGCCUACAGAGGAAGAAGCGUGUACACAGGAUACUACGAUCCAUCCAGGCUGUACGGAUCUUACGUUUCAGGAAGAACAAGCAGCAAGGUCUCAAGGCUCUCUCAGGCUUCUCCAAGACUGUCAACAAGAGAUGCAUUUGUGUAGCCACGUAUUGUGAUGUAGUGCUUGAAAGUAGUCUUUCAAGACUUGCAAAGUUCUCCAACAUGGUACUAAAAAAAGUGUUUGAUAUCUAAUUGAUCUGAAUGUAAUGUUUAUAUAGCAUGUUCUAUUGAUGAAAUAGAUCUAUUGAUAUUUUUGUUUUAAAAUGCACAGUAAUGCAGGUUCUUAUAGUUGCUUUUUUUUUUUACUAAGCAAAAUAUC